CCUGCUUACAUCAUAAGCGCAAGAGCGUUUGACCAGUAUAAAUAGAUUGGACAUUGUUCAUCACACAGACAGUUCCUUUGUUGUUUAGACAUGUCUGGAAGAGGUAAAACCGGUGGGAAGGCCCGUGCCAAGGCCAAAUCUCGUUCAUCCAGAGCUGGACUUCAAUUUCCAGUCGGACGUGUACACAGAUUGUUGCGCAAGGGAAAUUACGCCGAGCGCGUAGGCGCAGGAGCCCCAGUGUAUUUGGCCGCGGUCCUGGAAUACCUGACGGCUGAGAUUCUCGAGCUGGCCGGAAACGCAGCCCGAGACAACAAAAAAACAAGGAUCAUCCCCCGCCACCUCCAACUGGCUGUCCGCAACGACGAGGAGCUCAAUAAGCUUUUAGGCGGCGUAACCAUCGCCCAGGGCGGAGUGCUCCCGAACAUCCAAGCGGUGUUGCUGCCUAAGAAAACCGAGAAGCCUGCCAAGAGCAAGUAAACGGGCUUUCGCGAUCCUGGACAUUGACACAAACAUGGCUCCGAUGCGAGCCCUCUUGAGUAACGUGUUCUCUUCUCUACUUUGCGUUAUAUUGUGUUUGUUGAAGACGGCAUCUUGUAAAUUAUGAUUUGUGGUGUUGUUGUUUUUGGACAAUUCCCUGUCAAGAAGGCAAACGCACAAAGAUAGCCCUCCCUCGCAUCACCGCUGCCUAAAAAUGGCCAUGGGACGUUUCUGCCACCAUAGUGGACUAUCUAAGAAACACAAAAAGGGACUCGAUUUGAAGAUUGCGAUUUCAUUGUACAUGGAACACCGUUGGUUUCGUUUUGUUUUGUCACUGCUUUGAAUAACAUGCGAAUUGUGUCCUUCAUCUGCUGUUCGGUGGUUAUGUUAUGUUUCAAUAAAUGUAAAGCCACAAAGCC